AAUCAUCUGUGUUUUCUGCUUGAUAUUGAUCUUCUGUGGAGAUAUCUUGGAUAUGAUUUGUGUAGAUGCUUCCAGAUUAUUACCAGAAGGUUCACUUGAUGUGCAAAAAACGUACAGUCCUCUGCUACUUAAUGAACAUCAGAUUUAAACCUGAAAAUAUGCCAGAAUUUUGGCUUAUCUCAGCACCUGGUGACAAAACAUGUCAGCAGACGUGGGAUGCACUUAAUAAUGCUACAAGACCAAAUAAUCUGUCCAUGAAUUAUAAAUUUCAUGUCCCAGAUUUGAAGGUUGGAACCUUAGACCAGCUUGUUGGCUUAACUGAUGACUUAUCAAAGUUAGAUGCGUAUGUGGAAGGGAUUAUUAGAAAAUUAGUUUCAUAUAUGCAAGAAAUUCUGGAAGAUCAAAAAGAUUUAUUGCAUGAAAAUCUCCAAGUCAAUAAUGUUGACCUUCCUACAUAUCUACAAAAAUUUACUUGGAAUAUGGCAAAGUACCCUGCAAGGCAACCUCUCCCAAAUAUAGCUGACAUGAUUAAUAAGGAAGUACAACAGAUUGAAGCAGAUUUGAAACAAAAAUCAGCUGCUUAUAAUCAGCUGAAAACUAGUCUGCAAAAUUUGGAAAGAAAACAGACCGGGAGUCUGUUACUCAGAUCACUUGGAGACCUGGUGAAAAAGGAGCAUUUUGUAUUAGACUCUGAAUAUUUAACUACACUUCUUGUCGUCGUUCCAAAUGCUUUGACAAAAGAUUGGGAAAAAUCAUAUGAAAAAAUUACAGAUAUGGUUGUUCCAAGCUCAAGCAUAAGAAUAUUUCAAGAUAAUGAACAUAGUCUGUAUAAUGUAACAUUAUUCAAGAAGUGGGUGGAUGAAUUCAAGGCAAAUGCAAGAGAAAAGAAGUUCAUUGUUCGGGAUUUUACCUAUUCCGAGAAAGAAUUAGCAGAUGGAAAAAGUCAGCAUGCAAAACUGAAGAGUGACAAAAGUCGACAGCUGAGUCUUUUGUUCAGGUGGAUAAAAGUGAAUUUCAGUGAAUGCUUUGUUGCAUGGAUUCAUGUGAAAGCCUUAAGAGUCUUUGUUGAAUCUGUUUUGAGAUAUGGACUUCCUGUCAAUUUUCAAGCUAUGUUACUUCAGCCAUUAAAAUCUACAAAGAAACUUAGAGAAGUUUUGAAUAACCUUUAUAGUCACUUGGAUAGCAGUCUGGCAUCUGGUCAGAUUGAUGACAUUCCUGGUGGUUUGAGUUCAUUUGGAGUGGAAGAAUAUUACCCUUAUGUGUAUUUCAAAAUUAAUAUUGAUAUGAUAGAUGAUAUUAAAAAAUAGAGUAGUUUUACCAUUCCAUCCUUACUUAAAUUUUUAGUCCUUAGAUGUACAAAUCUUGGAUGAUAAUUUAAAGCAUUCCUUUAUUUGGAUUUGUGGAAUUAUAUUUUAAUCAAGUGAUGCAAUAGCAGAUUAAGUGGUGUUUGGAGAAAUAUAUUCAUUUUGUAAUCCAGAUAUUAAAUAGCCACAAUAUUUUUUCAGAUCAUUGUGUUUUUGGAAUAUUGAGUUUGAAUUAAUAUUUUAGUAUUUUGUUUUAGUUUGAAUUUCAUUAUAAAUCAUCUGAAAAUAGUCACUUAAAAACAUUUUUUUAAAUAGAUGGAUACUAUUAUAUGGAAUUUCAUUUCUCCAUAACUGUUUUAAAAUAUCCUUCUGCAUGAUAAAAUUUUGCAUAUCAGUCUGUAAAUUUGAAUGAAAUAGUUAUACAGAUAGAACAACCAAAAAAGAUGAAAUUAAAAAUUUUUAUUAUCAGAAGUAUUGAAAUGAAUGUAUCAGAGAAGUAUGAUAAUGAAAAAAAAUUUUCAUAUUGAAUGUUUAAAAACAAUAAUUAACUAAAUGAAAUAGUUCAUAUAAAUUUUAUUCCUAUUUGAAAAAAAGUUUUAAAUUAAAAAAUUUUUAUUUCAUGACAUUUAUUUUAAGUAUAUAUGUUAUAAAUGAACUUCAUUUUUUAGCUGUAGUGUUACUUGCAAUUUCCACAAAAAAGUAUAACAUGAAGUUCUUUCUGUAUACUUUUUGAAUAAAAUACCUGUUAGGAAAAUUGAAAUUAUAGAAAAAAAUAAUUUUUGUGAUUCAUAUAUUUUAUGGAUUCAAGAUGAAAAUAUGUUUUUUCUGUGCAUAUAUUUAUUAAACUGUUUGUCACUCUAUUUAAUAUUGUAAAUAUUUUUGAAAAUAUAUAUGUUAGAGACUGUUAUUUAUGUGAGACUUUUAUUGUUCUAUAUUAUAUGAUUUUGCCAUCAAGUUUUAUUCACAUGAAAAGGCUUAGAACAAGUUUCUUUGAUAGAACAAAAAAUCGUACAUGCAAUGAAAACACUUGUUAUUCUAAUCCUUUAAUUUAAAAUUAGAAUUUGCAUGGUUAUAAAUAAUCACUGAGCAUUUAAAACAAUGCUCUAACUUAAAAAUUCAGCUCGUUUUUUUAUAGGAAAGUUCAAUUCAAAAACAAAGUUUAUACUGCUGUUAAUAAAAUAAACUAGGUAAUUUGAAUUCUUAAAUUAUAUUUAUUUUAUAUUUUGUGAAUAAUAAUAAUGGUACAAAAUGGAAAAGGUUGAAAUUUAAGAAAUAUAGUAGUGAUCUUUGGAACUAAAUCUAUGUUUUUGUGAAUAAUUGAUUUAAAAGUCUGUAUUCUAUGUAAGUUAAUUAUGUGUGUGUGUGUGUGUGUGUAUCUAGAUAAGAUACAAUAUAGUAAAUGCAGGAAUUGCCUUAUAAUGUUAAUUCAUUAGGAAUAGAUUGACUAGUCAUUAGUUAUAUAUGUAUUAAAAACCAUCAACAUGACAUGGUUAUAUAAAGUACUCAUUUUGUGCAUCUGAUGUGUAUUUUGUCAAUAACCAGAAUGUGUUGUUUGAUCUCUUUUUAUUUUGAUAUUGCUAAUUGUUAAUUCAUUGUUAUACAGUUAAUGAACUGAUAUUCAAGUUAUAAUCAAGAAGAGAAAAUCUGCAUAACCGUGGACACUUUUUUUCUCUCUUUAUAUUUAUAAGAAACUGCAAAUUUGAUUUAAAUUAUUUGCAGGAAUAUACGCACAUUUUUUUUUUUUCUGGUAAUUUACAAUUUUGCUCACCAAAAUAUGUGUGUAAAUUCCUCCAAAAACAAUGUGUAUAUUUUUUCUUUUAUAUGAUGUACAUGGUGUAUAUGGGUGUGAUAAUAAAUGUUCUGUCACACCUCAUAAAAA